AUGAAAGAUCAUGAUAUAUGUGUAUAUAGUGAAGGAUUAGUUCAACUUAAAGUUCCUGUUAAUGCUGAUCGUGAGCUAACAGUUACAUUAGAGAAGACUGAUGGUUCGACAUUGUAUAUUAGUAGAGACAUAGCUGCAGUGCUAGAUCGUAAAGAGAAGUAUAAUUUUGAUAAAGCAUAUUAUGUUGUUGAUAAUAACCAAAGUGAUCAUUUUCUUUCCCUUGUUGCCAUUUUGAAAAUAUUGGGAUAUGAUUGGUAUAGUUCAGUUCAUCAUAUAAAAUUUGGCCAAAUUGAAGGAAUGAGCACAAGAAAAGGAAAGUUAGUGCAUCUGAAAGAUUUAUUAGAAGAAGCUAAAAGUAAAGCUUUUAUUUCAAUGUUAAAUUCAUCAACGACACGGGCAACAAAUAAUAUGGAUGAAAUUGCGGAUGUUAUAGGAAUGUCAGCUGUUAUGAUAAAUGAUAUGAAAAAUAGACGACAAAGUAAUUAUAAAUUUGAUUGGGAUAAAGUACUUUAUAUGAAAGGAGAUAGUGCAACAACAUUACAUUACAAUCAUGCAAGAUUAUUCAGGAAGCUUUGCGACAUUAUUACAUGA